GCAGGUAAUGUAAGAGAAGCAGGAAGUACACUCAUAAAUUCUGGAGCACAAACCAACACAGAUUAUUAUUAUUAUUUCAGCCCCAAAUAUGGACAUUAAGACCGGGGGGAAACACUUUGACCGGCCCGACUGAAGACAUGAGACAACCUUUGCUGCUUCUCAGUCUGUCGCUGGCAGUCCUCCUCUGGGCCAGCGCGCGGGCUCAGAACCAGGUCGAGAUCAAGUUCCAGACGGACCCGGUGCUGGUCCAAACCGGUUCAGAGAUCGUGUUGACGGUGCUGACGGUGCUGACGGCGCCCCAGGUUUUCAACGUGCUGUGGCAGUACCAAGGAGUGGGCGUGGCUCAGUGGAGCCAAACGGGCCCGUCCACCAACGCGGGGACCCAGUUCGAGGGCAGGAUCGCCGUCACGGCCAACCAGCUCCGAAUCAAAGGCGCCCAGCUCCGAGAUGCGGGGGCCUUCACCGUGACCGUUGAGCCCGCUGCUACAACAGGCCUGCGACCAAACUCUGGAUCUGUUCAGCUGAGGGUGUUUGAGGCGGUUGCCGGGGUGACUCUGCAGGUCCCCUCCAUAGCGGUGGAGGGGAGAAACGUGUCUCUGAGCUGCACGUGGACCAGCGGGACAGAGAUCACGGUCCAGUGGGGCAAGGGAGGCGCGUCCGUCCCCGCCGACCCCAGCAUCACCAUCUCGGGUGGCUCGCUGGUCAUAAACCCGGCCAGACGGGGGGACGCCGGGGACUACUCGUGUACCGCCAGCAACCCCGUCAGCGCCCAAACCGCCACCCAGCGGCUCACUGUUUACUAUGGCCCGGACACGCCGGUGCUGACCAAGGUUUCCCCGAAAGUAUGUGUCGGCGGCGGGGACGUGAUGGUGGGACAGACCGCGCGUCUCACCUGCACGUCCGACUCGCUGCCCCCCGCCCUCUUCUCGUGGCAGCGUGGCGGGCAGGCGGUGGCGUCCGGACAGCCGGACAGCGGGGUGCUCACCGUCCAGACCUUCUCCACCCAAGAGAGCGCGCGCUACGUCUGCACGGCCAGAAACGCCCUCAUCGGCAGCACGUCGCAGCAAGGCACGGACCUGACCAUCGUAGCCACAUGUCUGGAUGUAGGGGAAGUGGUGGGGAUUGUGAUUGGAUGCUUGCUGCUGAUCCUAAUCAUCGUGCUCCUCGUCGUGCUCAUUGUCUUCCUCAUACGAAGGCGGAGGGCACAACAGAGACACAGUGAUAGUGCCGUGCUCAUGCAGAAGACCAACCCACAUCUCAGGCCUGUACCUCCAGAUCCACUACCUAAUGGUGCAAGGGAUUUGGGCCAAGGUCCCCCUCCCCCGCUCUAUCACUCGAACACGCACACCCUUCAGCCUGACCGCGCGCACACAGACCCGCGAGCAGAUCGCGGCGACCCGCAGCAGCUGAGCGGCGUGCCAAACGCCGACACACAACAGCAGAACGGUCGCACGCGCACAAGCGGACUCCUACCCAACGCAUCUCAGAAUGCCAAUUCGGACCCGCGCAACGGCAUCGACAACCGGACCUUCACGCACACCGAUGCUCCGAAUGCCACCGCGCAGCCACAAAACCCCGACGUUGUCAUCCGGGCCGGGGAUCACCAGGUCAGCCUGAACACGCUGCAGCAAAACAACCGUGCACAAAUGCCCACCAUUCAUGUCAACCUCACCUCGUACCCAAACACCGGUCAGCAGGCUCAGGGAGAAAACGCAUUUCCGUUGACCGACACGAACGAUCGCAACGCUUCGCGAAAUCAACAAACCGUGACCCAUACAGGGCAAUCACAUCCCAGAAUGCAAAGUGGGCAGUCGUACCGCAGUGACCCCCGGGCGAAUGGUCACCAGGAUCAGCCUGGCCUAGUCCAGACUGGAUACACACACUAUAAUGGAAAUAACACAUCUCAGCGAAACGCCAACACGCAGACGUACGGGCAGCAGCCAGAACCUCCUCGCCGGGCCGACAGGAACUCAUGGGAUCUUCUGAGAGGGACACCAGCGUAUCCCAGUGGCACUCCUCAAAGAGGACAGACAGCGCCUGAGUACACUUCUGACUACACAGACUACACAGACUACACCACCCAUCCACCCAUACGAGAGUUGAGCGCGCCAAACCGAUCCCAGCCUCCACCUCAGAGCCGAACCACUUCGCGGAGCAGAGCUCCGCCCAGUUCACCGCCAACGGACAGACGGACGCGGAGCCGCUCGGCCGAUGUUCAAGGCCCGAGUGGUCGCGGUGUAACACGGUUUGAGGCUGAGCACCACACACAGAGAGGCGGCCACACACAAAGGGAGGGCGCUCAGCGAGACAUCAGAGGCUCGUCUGGUGGCCAGAGCGCCCCCGGGCAGGAAGCCACGCACGACAAUAACCCCCAGGCGCUGCCCGUCGUGAGCCGCUCUGCUCUGCCACAAGGACCGGGGACACAACAGGGGCCGACUACGCCGCGGGCUGCGGAUUCAAGAGCUUUGGCUGAUCCUAAUCACCUUGCACAGGCACACAUGGCCCAGCAACACAGAGCCGCGCCGGUCCAAACGGCACCGCAAGGCCCGGGCAAACAGACACAACUUGUCACAAACGGCGCCAAUCGGCCCGGCCAAGGAGGCACGGCUCCAGUCCCGCACUCCUCUGCCCGGCGUAAUCCGGGCGAUCUGACCCAGGCUGCCCUCACAGCCCACACCAAGGGGGCUCAAGUGUUUCAGAGUCGGAGGCAACAGACCCAGGCGGCUCUGCUUCAUUCCGAAGAGCAGGCACGGGUCCUCGCUGCUCGCCACGCGCCGACGCCUCCCCCGGCGAUCCCCCUCGCGCAGUUCCAGACCCUCCCCAAGAAGAACCAGCACAGAUCACCUGCCAGAGGCGCUCAGCCCGCGAGACCCCCUGUUAACGUACCGGUGGCUCAGCGGCCCGCACGAGUCCGUCUGCGGCCCGCCGACCAACACCGCCGUCCCGGGGAUGGCGGACGGGGGCAACAACCCCGCGCCCCCCAACCACAGAAGCAUCAGGCACCCAGAGGGAGACCCAGAUGAUGGCAGAUACUACAGACUGCAGCCUGCGACUGUCUUGCAUGGAUCCACUGACACAAGCAAACAGCUGACAGACGUGAUCCAACACCCCGCCGAGCAAGACUGACUGCACAAAGUGUCACUCCCAGCAGCGCUGCCGUACCCCAGCGCCUCAUGCAGUCCGCUUCAAAUGAGCGAAAUGUCUCCUAUGGGGAUGUUAUAAAUGUCUUACUUUACUAGAAAGAAGUAUGUAUCUCAAGGGAGGGGGCCAAUGUGCAUAAUCACAGAACCUACGUGAUGAUACUGAAGCAUGUUUUCAUGAUCAAACCCCCCCCCCCCUCCCUCCCCUCCUCUCACCAAACACUAAGCCCACAUGUAUUGUGCUGCUAUGACUUCUGAAGCUGUGGUCAUGCAUCAGCGUAGACAGGUUCAGUGAUCCAUAGCUCCAGACCAAGCUCACCUCCCAUCUUCCAUUUAUCAUCAAAAGUUAUCAACACUACCUUGACAAGCGGCCAUUGAUGUGCUGCCGUUAUAUUUGUGUUUCACCCGUUGGUGACGGACAGGGGAGGUGACAUUUAUAGAAGAAGAAAUGAUCCAUAUUGGUGGUCUUUUAUGUACAUGAAAGUAUUUAUUCAGCGCCUCGUGUUUACAGAGGCGUUUUACGACACUUCCUCUCGAUUAGGAAAAAGGUUGGCGCUCCGAUUUAAGGCUCUGCUAACUAGGGAGGGAGAUCCCACUAAUGGAUAUAGGCGCUUAUCAAUGGAAAGCUUUAAAUCAAUGGAAUGCUCUAAUUGAAAUAAUCAAACCCUCGCGUGACUGAUGUCAGCGCAAAGACUUCAUCCGCCAAGAUUUCUGUGGGGAAAAAGCACAAUGUAACAACGUGCUGUCCGCACUGGGUCGUGGACGGCACGUUUGUAAAAUGGGACGCCGGUCUUACUUUUACAGAUUUUGUAGUUAUUGAUUUAGAAUGUUUGUGCUUCAUUUUAAACGUGUUAAUGGAUUGUUCGGGUUACACCAAUCAAUUUCAAUGCCAUUAUUAUUCAAUAAAUCGUCUUUUCAUAUGGAAUUUCAUGGAUAAGA